CCCCGGGGCCGGGAGCGCGUAAAGGGUGGCCGGCUCAGCCUCUUCGUCCCUCCGUUGUGCGGAGACGGGCCGAGGGCGGUUCCCGAGCAAGCCCCGGAGGGAGGGCGGGCAGGCGGGCAGGCAGGAAGGAGGGGCGAUGGCGGGGACUUCUCGGUUGCGCACGGGGAGAGGCGGUGCCGAUUGUCUUUUUCUGGUGGACAUUAAAAAUGAAAACCUGGGCAGUCUUGAAACGGGGCCUUGCAACAACCAGGCAAAACUUAUGGAGGAAGCCUUAUCUGCUGCUGAAGAAUUCUCUGUUCCAGGCCGAAAGAAUGCACUCUUGGGAGAUUCUUAUUUAAACAGAAGUUCCUUGCUUUAUUCAUUCUUGCUUGCUUUAUUCCCCUUCUUUUUAACAGUGUUAGCAAUUUAUUUGAACAACUCCUGGCGGCUUCCUGAAGAUGUAAUCAAGACAUCUGAUCCUUUCCGGGAGGGCCUGAAACAGGUUCAAACUUUUCAAGAGAGAAUCGUUCUCUUUGUCCUUAACUGCAUCAUUUUUGGCAUGUUGGAGAGGAGCUUGACUGAUGAUACAGUCUUCCUUCCUCACCCUAAGAAGGAAGAUGCCAGAAUAUUCUGGAAGAGUGGAGAAGCAGCCGCCUUUUAUACGGUCAAAAGAAGAGGAAAUUUGUGUGACGGACACACCAGCCAGUGUUACAUGCUCCCUGUUUUGGACACCAUGUUUGUACGAAAGAAGUUUAGAAGAUGUGGACUUGGGAUGCAGAUGCUUCAGGAUUUCUGUCAGUCUUUCCCUUCGGAGGAUGCCUUGGGACUCAGCUGUCCUCUUUCGGCUGAAAUGGAGAAAGUUUGUCAAAAGUUCUUGGAAACUUACCCGAAAGAGCAGCCUCGGCUGUGGGAAGUGGAAGCACCCGGAGACUGGACUCAGCGCAUUAACAUCUGGCUCAAAAUCCAGCUGGAACAAACUCGCUUUCCAAAAAAUGCGGGUCAAAGUUCUCCCAUACCAAAGGGUGAAGAUGAUGAAGCCGAGGAAAGACGGAUAAAUACAAGUCUUGGCUGUAUCCCACACCUCAGAGCGCUGCCAGACAAACCCAUGGCAGAUCAUGGUGACCGUAGAGGGCCCCCAGACCUUCCUUCUCAGAGCGAUGACCCUCAACUUCAGUUGAAAGCUGAAGAACCAAAAAAACCGAAGAAAAGAACACACAGAGAAGAACCAGCUGCAGAGAGCGUUGCGAAGCACUUGAGGACAAUCUCCUAAUUUUUGUAAACAGCAGAAGUAAGAGAAAACACAUGAAACCUGAGGAUCAAGUAGCAACUCGGGAAAUCUCUAGUGAAUAUUUCUUCAUCGAUUGACAUAUUUAGGUGACUCUACCCAGUGUUUAAGUGGUUCAAUGGC